AUGUUCAACUUCAACUUCUUCAAGUCCGCCCCGGCCACCGAACCCGCCACUGACGGCUGGAACGCCAACACCGUCACCAUGCAGCCUACCAGCCCCGCUCCCCUUUCAAGCAACCAGAACGUCAUCUCUGAGCAGCCAGCCAGUCAAGAACAAAUGCAGCUGCGCGGUGGUGGUGGCGGUGGUGUCUGCUGUGGAGUUUGCGCGGGUAUUGCCUGCUUCGAGUGCUGUGAGAUCUGCUGCUAG